CCAGGAAAGCUGCGUACUGGCGCAAGAGGGCGUGGUUUGCAGACACGUGGAACUUGUGGGCGGCGCCAUAUUGAGAACUUGUGUAGACAGACUGCAGAAUGGCAGCUCCACUUGGACCCAGAGAGACUGGCAAGUUCAUCACUGAGAACAGCAAGCAUGUGUUUGUGGACACGGAGGGUGCGCGCUCCCUCGCUGAGAAGCUCUUCGAGAAGAUUGGGCGGAAGGAGAUCACCCUGAAAGGAUGGAAAUCUCUUCAUGAAUUGAACCCACAGGGCUCUGGGGAAGAUGCUGUCAACUGGGUGUUUUUUGCAGACACUUUGAACUUCUCCUUCUGGUCGGAACACGAAGAUAAAAAGUUCUUAGUGAAGUACAAGGGGAAGGAGUAUAGUGGCUACUGGUCAUUCUGUGCUGCCAUGAAUAGAGCCCUGGAUGAAGGAAUACCCCUCACCACUGCCUCUUAUUAUUCUAACAUAACCAUGGACCAGCUGACGCAUGUGCUGCGUAGUGACUCUGAUUAUCCUAUCCCAAUGAUUGAGGAACGUCUGGAGAUCCUUCAUCAGACUGGAAAGAUUCUCCUGGAGAAAUUUGGAGGCUCUUUUCUAAACUGUUUGAAAAUGAGUGACAGAAGUGCAGUGAAACUGAUGCAGCUGGUUGUGGAUAAUUUCCCAUCCUACAGGGAUGAAGGCGUCUUCCAGGGUCAGAAGGUAACUUUCUACAAGCGGGCUCAGAUUCUUGUAGGUGAUACCUGGGGAGUACUGGAAGGACAAAAUGAUGGCUGCUUCCAUGACAUUGAUAAAAUAACCAUGUUCGCUGACUACAGGAUUCCACAAGCCCUCGUCCAUUUUGGUACUAUGAGAUAUUCAGAAGAUCUACUUAAAAAGCUGAAAGAAGAUUGGCUUUUCAAAAAUGGAGAUCGUGAAGAGAUGGAGAUCCGUGGCUGUUCAAUUUGGGCCGUUGAACUUGUCUGUGACCACCUGAGGGAACUAUUUGAGAAGAAUGGGGAAAAAAUGAGCAAUGAAAUUAAUCCUGUCUUGAUCGAUCACUUCCUGUGGGAUUAUGCUCGAGAUUAUCGGGAGGCAAUUAAAGAAGUUCCUUUUCACAGGGUUAGGUGUAUCUACUAUUAACCAGAUACACACAAAAAACACUAACCAGUAGUAGCAUUUAAUCAUACUGUAUUACUGCAGUUGGUUAUUGAUGUGAUGCCUAAUUGCACCCGAAAUAUAGAUUGUGUAAAAAGAUACAUAUUCCAACUUGACACAUAGCUUAGAAUAUACUUGAGCACUGGUUUCCAAUUAUCCAUCCAAGGGGUUGUGAAUUUGGCGACGUUGGGUCUGUGUUCCAUUCCUGUAUGUCGGCAUAGAGUGUAGAAGCAAAAUAAGUGCUUGUUAAUGCUAGUCUCUGUGGCAUUUGAAGAGCUGCUGUUAUUUCACCUUUAACUCCAAAUAUAAAAUGCCAUUUUAUGAUCAAAUAGUGCAAAGUCUAAAUGUGAAGCUGUAUAUUUGUAGAUUAAAAAAGUUGAAACAGGGGUUCUCCAAUACAUAAUUACAGGCAGGGUUUAAAAAAAAAAAAGACUCGCCUGUCACUGGUACUCCUGUUUGAGCACUAAGCUUCCCUCUCCUCCGCUUCCUGUCCCCAAUGGAUCAGAAGAUUUAUUUACACGCCCCAAUCAGUGGCACAUGUAGGCAGCAUGUCAUAGAACAGGAGAUGCUGAGCAGAAUAAUAUAUAGUUUAAUAGGAAAAGAUUCAGUGAACAGCAACACUGUACGCAGUCAGGACAGGUUAGUGCGGCGCCUAGAAGAAGACCAGGGAGCGGUAAGUACAGCAAGCAAUAGCAGCUCUACACUCGCCACUCCUCCUCCUUACUAAAGAGUGCUUCCAUAAUGAAAGCCCUAAUUAGUAUUCGCUUUAUACUGACAUUUUUUUCCCCCACUUAUAAAGUAAAAAAUACAUAUCAAUCUGCUUAGCUCCACCGGCGGCAGAUUGCAUUGCAUUUUAUGGUGACCGUUUCUCUUUAAGUGAUAGGAUUGUUUUCCAGGGGACACAACCUGAGCAGUUUCAUUGGUUUCAGGUAUUGGUGAAUUCAUUGUUUUCCUUUUCAUAUUGAGAUUCCAUUCAGCCCAACUUCUGCCUGCUUUUCUGUUGUCUUAACAGGUUCUGUGUUGUUUUCAUUCCUUCGAUCUGAAUUUUGUAUUGAAGAUUUAAUGGGUAUACAGAAUAAAUGCAAUAGUUCAUAUUA